CCCAAAGAUGUGCCGAAUAGUCCCAGCUCGUUCGCUCUCGCUCACGAACAAAGCGCGAAAGGACAAAAGCAAACGUUCGCGGCAACACGAGAACCGCUCACCGAAGCGCCGAACGGCACGCAAACGCCGCAACCAUUCAGUUCGCAAACGUACGCCGGGUCGGACGGUAUUGUGCCAAAAAAACGCGGUUUGCCCAGUGCGGUCUCAGUCGAACGGUCGACAGCAUCAUCAGCAGCACAAUGCCGGUGAUAACGAGAACCAAUCGUCCGAACGAGGAGCUGCUGAAGGCGUCACGUGGCGUCCCCACCCUAAUGUCCUCCGCAAGCUCACCAACAACAACCACCAGCAGUAGCGUAAUGACGACGACACUCAUCAAACUGACGCUCCAUCAAUCCCGAACGCGCUUCCUGCCGAUCGAGUUCGAUCGUAAUGGUCGCGCUUACCCAAAGCCCGAUCCGCAGCGACCGGCAUACAUCCAGGACUACUACAAACUGCGCACCGACUGUCUGCGGGCGGGCAAACUGUUCGAGGAUCCCGAAUUCCCGGCCGACGACACUUCGCUCCACUUCUCGUCCGCCGCUGCGGGCCGCCCGUCCCAGUACAAGUGGUUGCGACCGCACGAAAUCAGCCCGGACGCGGUGUUCGAUGCCGAUGGGUUUUCGCGCUUCGACAUCCAGCAGGGCCUGUUGGGCGACUGCUGGUUGCUGGCGGCGGCCGCUAAUCUUACCACCUUUCCCGUGCUCUUUAGCCGCGUCGUGCCGGAUGAUAACGAUCGCAUACAGGGAGGAAGGAAGGGGGUGGAUUACGCGGGGAUUUUUCACUUCCGCUUUUGGCGAUUUGGCCAGUGGUACGAUGUGGUGGUGGACGACCGGCUGCCAACCGUACGCGGCCAGCUCGUGUACAUCAAGUCGUCCACGAAGCAUGAGUUCUGGAGUGCGCUGCUGGAGAAGGCGUACGCCAAGCUGUUCGGAUCGUACGAAGCACUGUCGGGGGGGUCGGCCAGCGAAGCGAUGGAAGACUUUACCGGGGGGCUAACCGAGGGCUACGAGAUGAAGGACGCGCCGGACACGCUGUUCGAGAUGAUUGAGAAAGGGUGCAACAACUACGCGAUGUUUGCGUGCAGCAUUGAGGCCGGGGCCGGUGAGAUGGAGCAGGUGACUGCGCAAGGCCUCGUGAAGGGCCACGCGUACUCCAUCACCAAAGCGCAAGCGGUGGACAUCGAAACGCCCAGGGUUAAGGGCAAGAUACAGCUGCUUCGGCUGCGCAAUCCGUGGGGCAACGAGAACGAAUGGAACGGAGCGUGGAGCGAUAAGUCGCCCGAGUGGCGUUUCAUCACCGAGGACACCAAGCGCUCGAUCGGCCUUACGUUCGAGGUGGACGGAGAGUUCUGGAUGUCGUUUCCCGACUUUCGCAAGUACUUCGACCGGGUCGAGAUGUGCCACCUGAGUCCGGAUUGUCCGAUCGCGCUGCAGGAAAGCCGGUUCGCCUGGCGUCAGUCUGCGUUCGAGGGCGAGUGGGUGUUGGGCAGUACGGCCGGUGGAUGUCGCAACUAUCCGGACACGUUCUGGCACAAUCCACAGUACGUGAUCCGGCUGGACGAUCCCGAUGCGGAUGAUUCGGAAAGGCUGUGCACGCUGAUCGUAUCACUGAUUCAGAAGAAUCGACGCUCAAAGCGCAACAAAGGCAUCACCUGCCUGACGAUCGGGUUUGCGAUCUACCGGGUGGAGCCGGUCGACCUGCAGCGUAAGCCACUGCCGCGCGAGUUCUUCACGUCGCAUCUGUCGGCGGCAAAAUCGACGUUUAUCAAUCUGCGGGAGGUGACGUGCCGGUUCCGGCUACCGCCCGGCUCGUACGUGAUCAUACCGUCCACGUUCGAACCGAACGAGGAGGGCGAGUUCAUGAUCCGGGUGUUCUCCGAGUGUGCCAGCAAUAUGCAGGAGAAUGACAGUGCGAUCGGCAUCGGUACACCGGUGGACCCACCAAUUAAACCAUCGGCUGGAGUUAGUCCACCAUCAAAACCCUCGCCAAAAGAAACCGAUAUGGGAGUGACCGACGCACAGCGCGCCACCAUGGAGCGACUAUUCAUAGAGGUAGCCGGAACCGAUGGUGAGGUGGACUGGAUGGAACUGAAGCUCGUGCUUGAUCGUUGCUUCCGCGAAGACAUCGCUAAGGCUUCGCGUGGCAUCUCGCAAACGUAUCAAACGCGUGCCACCGCACCGAUCGAGAAGCGUGCCGUCUCGGAGACGGCCACCGUACGUGAAACGAUGCUGGAUCGGGGUAUCUGCGGUGCGUGGACUAUGCUGCAGCGGCUGUUCCGUGAUAUUGCCGGUGGAGAUAACAGUCCGGUAACGCAUGCGGGUGAGCAGACGGAGCUAAUGAGGAGUGAAAAUGUCUCGCAAGUGAAUGCGGAUCCAUCGAAUGCAGGCUUUUCGAAGGACGCGUGCCGCUCGAUGGUCGCCAUGCUGGACGAGGAUGGUUCGGGUAAGCUUGGGCUGCUCGAGUUCCAGAAACUGUUGGCCGAAAUCGCCCGGUGGAAGGGUGUCUUCAAGCAGCACGACAGUGACCAGAGCGGGCGGAUCAGUCCGUUUGAGCUGCGGACGGCCCUACAGUCGGCUGGAUACACGCUUAACAAUCACAUCAUCAACAUGCUGAUGCAUCGGUACGGUUCGAAGGAGGGCGAAAUAUGGUUCGAUGAUUUCAUUACCUGCGCCGUGAAGAUCCGCACCAUGUUUGACAUCUUCAAAGCACGUGACCUGAGCAAUCGCAACGAAGCCCGGUUUACGCUGGAAGAAUGGAUCACGAAGACGAUCUACUCGUAACCCGCUGCCGGUAUCUCACAACUCAUUGGACCAGUAAGCGUGAUCGAGAGAUGGAGAGAGAGAGAGAGGUGACUUAAGCAUAGCUUAGUCACCUGCUUCACUCACAUGCCGUCACAACGUUGAUGGGAUAGUAGCUAGGAGAGCUUUUCACUACAUGUUCUUGACUCUAUAUCUGUGUUCGGUGUAUUUAAGUAUGCACACUAGCGAUAAUGAAGCGUCCCAUCUAUAAGAUGUUAACCAACCUGUCAA